UACUGCAAUGUGUUGUGUAUUAAAAUUCACAUAAACAUAAAAUAGCUUUGAAAAUUUAUAAAUUAAAAUAAUUUUAUUUGCAAAAGAACACAAGAAACAUAAUAACACAAUGGCAACUGAAAUGAAGAUGUCCAUUGACGAAAAAGUCGAUGAGGAUUUUUUGUUCUUUUUAGAUCAUUAUAAUGGAGCUUUUAAUUCAUUAAGAUCCUUAAGUGAUAAAGAAAUAUGCAGUAAAUGGUUAGAUAAACUCGCGAUUGAAUUAUAUAAGACUACGAAUGAAAAACAAACACGUAAUAUAUAUUUAUCACAAUUGAUUUUAAAUAUGAAUGGCCGUAAGCUCAAGCCUCCGUUUAACGAACCCCCUAAAUCAGAUACCUUAUCUCUGGACGGUGUCUUUGAGGAAAUUACCACCAAACCUAUUUUAGAAGCACAAAGUGAAAAAGAAAUUAACAAUAACAAAAGUAAAUGGUCUCAAUUUGUUCGAAACCGAGAAUUGGAAAUUAUCGACUUAAAUCACCUAUCGAACGAUGGACGAACUUACAUAGCAUGCAAGACUUUACCCGAAAAUGAUGGUUUAUUUGCAUAUGUAGCUGUAACUAUAGGCGAUACAACAUGUGGAUGGGUUAAUACGUGUGGUCAACCAAUACCCGCGCCUGUAGUAAAGCCAUUAGACUUAAAAGUGGAGUUAUCUGAUGUUCAGAAACAGAACAGUAAAAGUGGAAAGGAAAGCAUUAUGUAUCAAUUUACGGCUGAAAUUAAAUGUAUUUUGUCAAAACGAAAGGCCCCGGAAAUUCGGAAAUUGACUUACGAGUUUUUCAAAAAAGUAUACAGCAGUAUCGAACAAGAGAUGUUGAGAGAAGAGGAUCCUAAUAGUACUGCAUGUCAUGAUCCAUAUGUCGAGAUGCUGGUUGAAAAACUAAUAAUAGAGAGUAAAGGAUGCGAAAACUUCGAUCCACAUCUGUUCAAAAAAAUGAAAAUGCUAUCCAAAUUAAAAAAAAGAGUGAAGAAUAUAAUACUAGACAUCGAAGUACGUAACAAAAAAUUAUACGAAAUAGAAGUUGCUGCGACGUCUGAAAUACUAAUUCUAACUAGCCCGGCAUCUACCUGUUCGAACUCAGUGUGUGAAUUAAUGUGGGGUAGAGCUUUAGCGGAAAAACCCUCUACUAAGGUAAUUGACGCACUGGAAAAGACAUAUCCCGUUUGUUUAGUUCAAAUGUUUUUAUCUAUAUUGGUGAAGGAACGUCAGAAAAUCGUCCUUCGACUUUUGGAAAAACAAGAGAAUCUCAUAGUAGCCAUGAGAAGAGACCUACAAAAUGAAAUAAAACGUGGCAUAUUGGAUUAUAAAGUUGCCAGGAGAGAAUGGGUGGACGUCAUGAGGAUAAUACUACAUCACAACAAGAUAAAAGCAAGUCUCGCCGAAAAAAAUAACGGAGGCAAUUCGAACAGUACCAAAGGCGAUUAUUUAGAUGAUGCGAUUCGCAAGGAAAUUAACGAUACUAGGAGACGCUUGGAGAAAAUGAAUGGGAAAAACGAAAAGUUGCAAGAUGAUAUUUGUGAGUUGAACAAAACAUUACACGAGAUGAUGGAGAAAAUUGAUAUGGAACAACUACAAACCGAUAAUCUGUUGCGUGAUUUUCAAAAUGAGAUAAACAACGAAAAAAAUCUAAUUACAGAAAGGGCUCAAACUAUCGAACAAUUGGGUGGGUUGUUAAAAGCACGAAACAAAUCUGUUCUUUAAUAAUACUUACACACGUCAAUUUUAAACGAUUUGUAUAUCCUAUACAUACGAAUAAAAAUUAACACUAUCGUUUAA